GCUACCAUGUCUUGAGCACAGCCUAAACUAAAACACUUCAAUGCGAAGUCUAUAGGCGACAGGGAAAAAAGACAUCUAGCUUAAAAAGACACAGACUACAGUCAGCAUCUUUAAGGCAAAUAUCUGAACACUGGGACACCACAUAAUGUGCUGACGUCAGUGCUGACGUCCAAUGGCCAGAUUUGUUUCAAGCCAGGAGUCUGUACAACCUGACCAGUCGGAUUUGGUCAGCCCAGGACUGACUGACAAGCUCGAGACAGGGGACAGCGCCCCGGAGUUAGAAGAGGAGGAGUCCUAUUCUCUGAUAGACGUUGUCAGCAGAACAUUUGGUAGUAAGAUCAAAUGGGUAGUGACGGCCCUGAGUGUGCUGGGUGUCACGUGUUUCCUGGUGUCAGCCUGCGUCCUGUACGCCGUCAACUACUGCUCCAGGGCAACGGACCUGCUGCUGCUCGUCUACCUGACGUCCGCGCUUGUUCUCUUCGCUCUCUUGGGCUUCAUACACAGCCGGUACAACACGGGCAUCCAGGCACUAAUAGCACGCGCGCUUGACUUGGGACUCUUCAAACAGUACGCCCAUUUUUUCUGGGAAGUGGCGUGUAUGUUUCUGGUUGCUGGGGCUCUGGCCAUCAUCCUACUGUCCACUCUACACAAGCCACUACACAUCCUCUCGCUCACAGGAUGGGUUUUUUUCUUCGUCCUAUUGAUCGUCUCAUCAAAAGCUCCCAGUAAAGUAAGUAGCACAAUUGGUCGUCUCCUCCAAAGCUCCCAGUAA